AUGACAAGAAGUAUUGUAAAUCUUACUAUCAAGCUUCGGCUUAUCCACACUCAAACCUCGAACACUCAUACUUCACUUUUCAAUUUAAUAAACAAUUUAGAACCCGAAUCACUUCCAGGCUUCCCAAGCAAAAUCGCUAUUGAUUUAUCAACUUUUGAAGAAAUUGCAACAAUCGCAAGCAUAAUUAAAUAUGGUGUCUCGGUCCAAGACAUGACCUCCUUGUCAUUAAGCCUAUUUAAUUAUAUCUGGCAAGGUUUUGCAAACCCAGAAAUAGACAGCAAUACUAGGGAAGCAAUUUUGGCAGUGUGCGGAGCCUAGUCGAAUUCAUUUUUCAGAUUGGAUUUUACCUAGUGGGGAAGGUGAAGCUUAGAGUUGGAAGUGGAAUUCUAAAAUGCCUUUAGAUGCCACAAGGCCAUUCAGGCAACUCCAGCGAAAAACCAAAAAUUAAACCCUGGGCUUCAAGUUUCCCUUAUUACCAAGAGUCGGUCAGAAAUUCCAUUUUUUGGAAUUUCUGUGUGGACAACUCACGCUCUCUAAGGAUAACUGUCGGAAUCCAAAUACCCAAAGCCGAUGGAUCAUAAAGCCUUGAGGUCGAGGUGGUGCAUGACACAGCGGUGGAGCGGGGAACCUGAAGGAGUGACCUGAAGUCAGUUCAAUUUAUUUGAUAGUGAACGUUAAAAAGUUUCUUAAACCUUAAAUUAAUUAAUCGCAUCGUAUCGCAACAAUCGCAAGCAAUCUCUCCCAACAAGAUUCUGAUUAUUUCGCAAUUCUAGAAGACUUUGAAAGAAUCGAAAAAAACUGCACAAAUAUUUGAAAAAGCGCUACCUUAAUAAGAAAAGAAGCAAUUUCUAUAAAGCACACAUUGAACCAAGAGUCAAAACUUAUAAAAUCUCAAAUAAAGCAAAUAGGAAGUAUUUUGAAAGAAUACAGAGACAGAUGCAGAGGAAACUUUUUAGAUUACCUGAAAGGGCUUGAUUUGGAUUUGCGAAAAAUAUUAAAACCACUUGUACCGUCUAAUGUAUUAAAUGAUCAAGUCAAAUUUCCAAUGAUAAAUAACAACCCAAGUCUUAGAAGCUCAAUAGCGCCUUCACAUGAAGGGACAGGAGCAAUUGAGAUAUCUCAGCCUCCUCAAGAAGCAGAAAAUGAGGCUGAUUCUCAUCCAGAGCCUUCAGAAGUUGCAAAUGAAAAAUUAAAUGCCCAUAUUCAGAUGCUGGUAGGUACAUUAGAAAACUUGGCAAAAGAUUUGAUCCAAGUUGUAGCGGAGGCUGAUAGACAGUAUUAUGAUUUACUCAAUAAAAUUGAAGUUUAUUCGAGGCCUCCUACACCACUGGCUGCUCCCUUGCCUGAGUAUUUUACUUUUGAAAAUAUUGAUAGCAUAGCUGAAGAAAAAAUAAAUUUAGUUGAUACCAAAAAAUCGAAAAUUAAAUGGAAAAAAAGACUUAAAAAAUUAUAUAUUAUGGAUCACUGAUUUUUGCAUAGAAUUUAAUAAUGGUUUUAUUUUCACGAUAUAUAGCUUAACAUUGGUGCUUCAGCAUUUUAAAUAUUUUAGUUGUAAUUAAUGAAGAAUAUCAUAUGAACAAGGAGGAAUGGAAGAAUGAGUAUACAAAAAAAUUUUAAACAGAAUUGAUAAGGUCGGGGACAAUGAAAUUCAAGUUGAUUUGCAAGAAAUAUUCAAAGACAUUGACAUCCCUAUUUCUUUCAGAGAAAACAUUGCGUUCUCUUUAUCCCCCUUGCUAGAUAACCCUGGUGGUUAAUAUUUUUUCAUAAAAAAUUAUUAAAAAUGAUUUAAUCUACUUUAAAUUUUUAAAAUUUUUUUAAAAGAUGCAAAAUGCUCAAAAUUUAAUAUAUUUAGUUAGAGAUUAUUUAUAAAAGUGUUUUAUAUUAAGAAAAUUUUUGCUCUCUAACUAAUGGAUUAAUUUUCCCAUAUAAUAAGGAUUUUCUAAUAAUUUUUUUCUCAAUAAUCAGGGAGCUAGUAAACUCUUGCAAAAUUCCUCAGCAAGACGUAUCACUUUCUGACCUUCUUAGAGAAGACGAAGAAGAAAAAUCCAAAAACAGCCAAGAAAUAAAGCCAGAACCCCCUAAAGAGCCUAAAGUUAAAAGCCGCCCAUUUCCUCACAAAAUAGAAAAAGAGCAAGAAGGGCUUGAAAAAACAAUUGAUGAAAGGUUAGAGAUGAUCCAUAACACUCCUGCUGUAACCACCGACUUACUUCAUAGUGAAAUUGAAGUGCAUAGAGCUUCACCUGUCCCAAGAGUUUACCAAUCCCGAAAUUCUUUACCAAGUAAUAAAUAUCUUUCACGAAGACCUGCACCUCCAAAAGAGUCUGCUUAUAAGUCGAAAAAAGAAAGAAAAGAAAUCAGGGUAAGAUCAAUAACCCCCGUAAAUAAGCUAAAAGAAAAAACAGUUACUCCAAGGCGAAAAACCAAAACUCCAAUAGGAAAAAAGAGCAUAAAUUUUAUCCAUCUGACGCCUUAUCAUAAUGCAGGGUGAUAA